GCCUCGCCCACCUGCCCUGCAGCGGCUGCGCCGUCCCGGGCCCCACACCCACCGGGCACAUCGGAGGGCCCGCUUGCCCCCGUCCUUCCCGGCCCCGCCCGAGCCGGGCCUCGGCUGCCCGCCGCCAUGGCGUGCGGAGCCACUCUGAAAAGGACUCUGGAUUUCGACCCUCUGCUGAGCCCCGCGUCUCCGAAGCGGAGGCGGUGCGCGCCUUUGUCGGCCCCGGCGUCGGCUACAGCCUCUCCUGCGGCCGCCACCGCCGCCGCCGCCGCCUCGGCCGCGGCCGCCUCUCCGCAGAAGUAUCUCCGGAUGGAGCCUUCCCCCUUCGGCGACGUCUCCUCCCGCCUCACCACAGAACAAAUUCUGUACAACAUAAAACAGGAGUAUAAACGUAUGCAGAAGAGAAGACAUUUAGAAGCUAGUUUUCAGCAGACAGACCCAGGUUGUAGUUCUGAUUCACAGCCACAUGCAUUUCUCAUCAGUGGACCAGCAUCACCAGGGACUUCAUCUGCAACAUCCUCACCAUUAAAAAAAGAACAGCCCUUAUUUACUCUAAGGCAGGUUGGGAUGAUCUGUGAACGUUUGUUGAAAGAACGGGAAGAGAAAGUUCGAGAAGAAUAUGAAGAAAUACUGAACACAAAACUUGCAGAACAAUAUGAUGCAUUUGUCAAGUUUACGCAUGAUCAGAUAAUGCGGCGAUAUGGAGAACAGCCUGCUAGUUAUGUUUCAUGAAUCACGCUUUUUGCAUUUGUGGGCUGCCUUGUUCCUUGUUGAGUUGUUGCAGGAGGUCCCAACUAUGACAUGCAGCAAUGCCAGUACCCAUCUGUGAAUACAGGUUAUUUCAAGCUUUCGUCAGUGGCAACCACUCUUAGGCAGCAGCAAUUGGUUUUGGAAAUUCCGUGAUGUCAUUACCACCUGGAUGUGGACCUUUGCUACUUGUAUUACUACCAGUGGCCUCGUUUUGCUGUAUCAUUACAAUUUGGCUUCUUUAUAUUAAUGUUUGAAAGGGAUUAAAGUUGGCAUCCUAGAACAUGCCCUUCACUGGUUAUGUAAAUAAAACUGUAGAAUGACACGUCAGAUGAAGUUAGUGUGAUUUUAAUUGUGCACUACAACCAAGCUGUAACCAGUUAUUAAUAAUUUAGAAUGUAAUCCCAGGACAAUUAAGCAGUUAGUCUACAGUACUUCUGUGAAAUAGUGGAGGAGGAGGAGGGCAUUUCUGUAUUUCAGGACUUUUCUUGGGGUUUCAGAAUGGGUUUAUAUGAUUUCCUUUAUUAUUAUUUUUUGGUAGUUUUAUUUAUUCUAUCAGUCUUUUUAACAAAUGUUUAUUGCUGCACCCCCUCCCCAUUGUAUCAUUGUUUUACUGCCCUUGUAGCACUGGAGUUUAGUUGGAAAAAUAAAACAUUUACUUCUA